UACUGUCAGUCAAAUCAUGAUUUCGUGUAUAAUAUUGAUUGAUUUGGUGGAUCAGCUGUGAAUGUUGUGGCUAGGGAUGGGAAUAUAUCGAAGCAUCUGCCCAUUUAUCGAAUUUGAGAUCAUUCAGAAAAACACGUUUCUGCAAAUAAAUAAUUUUCUAAGACAUCUUUGAGCGUAUGUAAUCUCUUGAGUAGGCAACCCUAUAGAUGAAGUCAUGUGUGUUCAACGAGAUCUCCGGUAUGGCGACUCUGAUUCUCGCUAUCCCCUCCCAUACCAAAUUUAAUACAAAUUUGUCAAAUGGUUAGGCAAUGAAAGAUUGAAGUAGACAGAUGCAGCCCCCUCAUAUGCAUUUAUUUCAUGAACUGUGUGCAAAGAAGGUACAAAGAAAAAAAUAUAUAAAAUAGUGAUUAUUAUGUUCAUAAAACAUUACAAAAUAUUGGGACUGUAUCUGAAAUAAAGAGCAAUCUUACUGAUUCAUCCACAUGAAUGUGCUGAAUAUGACCCAUAAUGGACACCUCUUAUCAGCUGCCUGUUCUAUUGCUGACAUAAUCUUCAGAAUUUGUGCAGCCCUCCCAUGCAACAUGGCAUUUUAAGACCUAAGCUUCUGCAAGCAGAAAUUGUGUUUAAUGGGCAGAAAAGAUUGUUCAAUUCGACAAUUUUCAGUAAUAUGAAAAUGUAUGGUUUUCAUUGAUCUCAUUUGUGCAUAAUAAGGGUGCAGGUUGACACUUGAUCGGAUACGGUCAUUUCGUGUGUGAUAAUUCUUCAGCGAAUACCAAUUUGUGUUUGUGAAGUGUGUAACCACAGUUGGUUUUCUACUGACAGUCAUUUUCUGUGUGAUAAUUCUGCUGUGAAUAACAACCAGUUUGUGUUUGUGAAGUGUGUAACCACAGUCUGUUUUCUAUUGCCAGUGCAUACUGACAAUCAAAAUGUGUGGACUGUAAUAUGCAAAAUUAAUUAUGCUAUGAAGAUGGCACAUCAUACUGUUGCUUUGUGAUGUGAUCCAUUGCAGUACAGUGUCAUCUUUGAAGAACAGACCUUGAGCUGCCAGGAACUCAAGAUUUAAAAGAGAUGUGUAUUUCGUGGCUGGUAUCUUGGUUACCUACAAUGUGUCAAGCAUGAAAUCUAACGGAAGGCACGUACUACCUAAAUGUGUCCCGUCCCAGCGUCAUCCAUGGGUCACCAUAGCACUUCUGCAACAUGGAGACCCCAAGCUUGGAGGCAGUUCCAGAGGUGCAAUAUUUCUCGUGGGCCGAUUAUACUGUAUUCGGGGUCAUGCUGCUGGUGUCUGCUGCCAUUGGCGUGUACCACGGAUGUGUCGGAAGGUUCAGACGUGGCGAGAACACUGGGCCAGCAAGGAGCGAAUCUGGUGAAUUUUUGAUGGCCAGUGGACAGAUGGGUACCAUCCCUGUGGCAGUAUCCAUGUUGGCCGGGUUCCUAUCUUCCAUAACCCUGAUGGGUCAACCUGCAGAAGUAUAUCUGUUUGGACCACAGUUGUGGAUGUUUGGUUUAUCCAGUUUUAUCUCUAUUCCCAUCAUUAGCUAUAUAUUCAUUCCAUUUUACCACAAAAUGCAGUACACCUCAGCUUAUGAGUAUUUUGGACAGCGUUUUAAUCGUUGGCUGCAGCUCUUUGCAUCUGCAAUGUUCUCCAUCCAAAUGGUUGUUUACUUGGCCUUAGUUCUAUAUGCACCAGCCCUUGCACUACAUCAAGUGACUGGUCUGGAUACUAAUUCUGUCGUCACCGUGAUGUAUAUUGUUGUCAUCUUCUACACAACAGUUGGAGGAAUGAAAGCUGUGGUAUGGACAGACUGCUUCCAAGUUCUAAUUCUCUACUCAUCAAUGAUUGCUGUGCUGGUGAAAGGAACUAUAGAUAUUGGUGGAGUGGCCACUGUUUGGGAACGCAAUAAUCGAUCAGGACGUUCAGAUUUCUUCAAUUUGGACUUCGAUCCUACAGAACGAUAUACAUUGUGGGGUUCCUUAAUUGGUGCAGCCUUUCUUCACAUGUCAGUGUAUGGAGCCAAUCAGCUGCAAGUACAGCGGUAUCGCACUGUGGCCACAAUUAGUCAGGCACGCAAGAUGAUCUGGAUUAACGCUGCUGGUUGGACUGUGGUAGUGUUUCUCACAGUGUAUGCAGGAAUGCUGAUAUUUGCACGCUACUAUGACUGUGAUCCUCUUUCAGGUGGUGUUCUGAGUAAACCAGACCAACUGUUUCCUCUAUAUGUCAUGGACACACUUGGAGAAUAUGUUGGCUUUCCGGGUCUUUUCGUUGCAGGAAUAUUCAGUGCAGGCUUGAGUACUGUGUCUACAGGUCUGAACUCAUUAGCUGCUAUAUGGUGGGCUGAAUUAGAUGGCACUGCAUUCAAAAAAUCUCUAUCUCAACACAAGUCUGGACUUACUGUCAAAUUUCUAGCACUAUUGUUUGGAUUGCUGUCUUAUGCGUUGGUAUAUCUGGUGCCUUACAUGGGUGGACUUGCUCCUGUUGCCAUUUCUUUGUCAAGUUUCUUCUCAGGCUCUUUCUUAGGACUAUUUAUUCUGGGAAUGUUUGUUCCAUGGGCAAAUACUGCUGGUGCAGCAACUGGCCUGACAGCUGGAAUUGGAGUUGUUGGUUGGCUAGCUGUUUUGGGCCAAGUGAUGUCAGACAGGGGAGAAGUAGUUUCUGUACCUCUGCCUCUGUCAACUGAGGGAUGUGCACUGGUGAAUGCAACAUUGUUAGCAGAUCGCAGCAAGUCCACUGAGUUUGCAUUUGUCCUGUACAGAGUGUCGUUCUUAUGGUAUAGUCUAUUAUCCCUUGUUUUGACUGUGGGAGUGGGCAUGCUGGUCAGCCUUCUGUAUAGUUGGCUGUUACGCAAAACUGGAAAUAAAUCAAUAUCCCAGCCACACAAUUCUCCUGUAUUCAAGCCAACAUCAUCCAUGCAUAUCAGCAAGAAUCUAGGAGCAUGCAAACUGCUGCUGAAGGAGGAAGAAAUGAAGGAUAAGAAUGCAAUAAAGACUACAACGCAUGACACGAGUGGAGCUGACAACUUUGGAUUUGUAUUAGACCUUAAACAUGACAGUAUUUCUGGCAAACUUCAAAAUAUUCAGCACUGACCUAAUAUGUACUUGUAGCUUCUGUGUUAAAUAGGCAUUGAGCUCGAUACAAGGUAUGUGGCUUUCAUUAGGAGUAGAGUUGUGUGAGAGACUAUGGCAUGUGAUCAGAGAGAUUUAUUGUUGCAGUGAUAAUCUUAGAGAAAACGAGUACCUAUUAAUUAUUAAUCAUAUAUUAACCAUGAUUAAUAAGUUACUAGCUAUAACUUCCCAUUAGGAUUUACACAUAGAUACUACUUUUUGAAAACUGAACUUUUAGAUGUUUCCUGUAGUAUUGUAUGUAUAUGCAAGGGUAAGAUUUUAUUAUUAAUCUUUCCAUGUUUUUUAUUACAGAAAUUGUCUUUUAUUAGUGUAUUUGCAUGUUAGCUAUUGAGAGCUGGAAGAACACAUUUUCUUUUUCUGAUCUUUUCCCAAAUAACCAAAUAGAUUGGACAAAGUGGACCAGAAUUUCUAUACAAGAUAUUUUGAUCAUAUCAUGCAAAUGAUUAACAUUAUGUUUCUUUGAUAUGAUGCAUGAAUUUCAUAAUUUAGAGAAACAAAAAUUAGCAUAUUUCAACUUAGCAAUAAUAGAAUUUGACAUAAAAAUUCAUGUUCUGCAUUAUAUUUUCAGAUCACGAAAGUCAAAUGUAUGUUGUGGGAUUUAUGUUGGGCAUUGAUUACAAAUGCAAAUAUAGGCUUCAGUUUUUUCCUUUGGGGGGGGGGCGGUCAAAGCUUUCAGUGUCCUAUGCAAUGGCAUAAAUUUCAUUCUAUAAGUUCCAAAUUAAUGCAGUAUUAAUGUGAGUUAAACGAAUUUUCUGAAAUUGUCUACAGAAAGGACCCACAUCUAACUGAGUAUGCUAUCUGUAUGAAUUU